GCUGUCCUGGAUGAUUGUGUACAUGACGUUGAUCAUUGUUACCUCAGCAGUCAUGGUUAUGAUCAUCUCAGUGUCUGGUUAUUUCAAGCACAGCAGCAUGUUCCUCAUCUACAUCUGCUUUCUCCUGUACGGAAGCUCCAUUAUUUCCUUUGCAUUCAUGAUCACCCCGUUCUUCAACAAGUCCAAAGUGGCCGGAGCCGUGACCGGUUUCUCAACAGUCAUCAUCAGCUGUAUCUACCUGGCCAUUAGCCAGACCAGGGAUGUCAUGAGCUAUGACUCUAAAGUCCCUGCCGCUGCCCAGUGGUUACUAUGUCUCCUGUCACCAAUAUCUUUUGCUACGUUUGUGGAUCAGGCGCUGUUCCUGGACAUUCACAUGAAUGGCUUUGGUUUUAAUGAGGCUCUUACCUACGGCAAGUUUCCUCUCUAUGCUCCCAUUGUGAUGUUGUUAGUGGACACUAUCCUGUAUGCCGUCUUGAUGAUUUACUUUGAUAACGUGAUUCCAGGGGAAUUUGGAGUCAAGAAAAAGCCACUCUACUUCCUGCAGUCAUCAUAUUGGUGUCCUAGACAAGCUGAUAUGGAAACCUCUCAGCUUGUGAGCCCAACACAUAGCCUGUCGCAGACCAUAGAUGUGGAGCCUGUUGGCCGAGACAUGCAGGAUAAAGUUGCCAUGAGAAUCUCAUCAUUGACGAAAUCUUUCAAACAGGAUGGCGAAAUUUACAAGGCGGUGGAUGGAUUCUGUCUGGAUAUUUAUGAAGGCCAGAUCACUUGUCUGUUGGGACAUAACGGAGCAGGCAAGACAACCUUGAUAAAUAUGUUAACUGGAGUAAUUGCCCCAACGUCUGGCAGUGCACACAUCUUGGGCUUGGACAUCACACAAACGGGUGACUUGGAGCAGAUCCGCAAAAGGUGUGGCAUUUGUCCGCAGCACAAUAUUCUCUUUGAUGAUUUGUCCUGCAGAGAACAUCUUGAGAUGUUUGCUAACAUCAAAGGUGUCCCUCCUCCUCUUAUUAAUGCAACAGUGCAGCAAGCCCUGGCAGAUGUGGAUCUGAAGAGUCAGAGUGAAACCUUUGCUAAAAACCUCAGUGGUGGCCAGAAAAGGAAGCUUUCUGUUGCCAUAGCUCUGAUCGGGGAUCCUAAGUUUAUUUUUCUGGAUGAACCCACUGCUGGCAUGGACCCGUUCUCACGUCGCCUCUUGUGGUCACUGUUGAAGAGAAUGAAGGAGGGCAGGCUGGUUCUACUGACCACUCAUUUUAUGGACGAGGCUGACAUCCUUGCAGACAGAAAGGCGUUCAUCAGAAGAGGCAAGCUGCGCUGCUGUGGAUCAUCGCUGUUUUUGAAAAAUAAAUUUGGUGUGGGUUAUCAUUUGACGAUGGUAGUAGAACCUAACUGUGAUGUGUACGUUGUGACACGUCUGCUCAGGUCAGUGAUUCCAGAUGUGGAACACACAAGGUCACAUGGGAAGGAGAUCAGUUACACAGUACCUCUCCAAGAUGUCUCCAAGUUUUCUGACUUGUUUGAAAAUCUGGACAAGGUGGCAGAAUCAAAUGGCAUUAAGAGCUAUGGUGUGUCUAUGACAACUUUGGAGGAAGUAUUUCUCAAGCUAGAAGCGAAAGAAUCUGAGGAUAUUGAGGAAGAGAAUGAUGAAACAGUCAAUCCAGAUUUCUUUACAAGCUAUGAUAGAAUCAUCGGUGACCAACCUACCAUCUUAGAUGCUAAUUCUAUUGGAAGAUCCACUGUGCGUGGAAGGGAUUUAACCAGGCAGAGAUUCUGGACUUUGAUGAAAAUUCGGUAUAUACUGAAAUUGCGGGACAAAGCAUAUGUCGCUUUCCAAAUUGUGCUACCUAUAGUCUUUGUCAUUUUUGGCUUGGUCAUUUCCAAAUUAUAUGAAAAGUCUGUAGUGCAGACCACAGACCCGAUCUUUUUCAAUCCUCUUAUGUAUACCAGACCUGCAGGAUUUCCUGGCCAAAGACCCCCAUCAUUUCUUGUGUUUGAUGCUGUCAAUAACACUGACUCCCAGGCUGUUAUCUCUAACUGGAAGAGACACUAUGCUGUUGACACCUACUUAGCUGGCACCAAGAAGACUUCUGAUGUGGCACCUCAUUAUCUUGGAGCUCAAAUCAACAGUGUUGUUAAACAGGACCUAACAGAUUUUGUUGUACUGUACAAUGACAGUGCCGUCCAUUCUAUCCCUGUCAUCAUCAACAUGGCUACCCAGAACAUUUUGAACAGUUUAAACCUUAGUGUUUUCAUCAACGGGAGUAGCCUACCUUGGCCUGCCCUAUCUGAGCAACUUUCCUUCAAUGCAGGAUCGAUGAUGUCUCCUUUGCUUGUUGGACUGGCCUUCAUUCUCAUUAUCCCUGGUAUCUCUGCUGAAAUUGUUAAAGAUCGUGAGUUGAAGCUGCGAGGUCAGCUGCGUAUUUCUGGAGUGACGUUCAACCUUUACUGGGGAACAAUUUACAUCUGUGACUUGUUGAUUUACUUGAUUCCUGUUGUCAGCAUCAUCCUUGUUGUGUUGGCAGUACAGAUUAAAGGCUUGGACUCGGACGGCGCACUGGGUGCAUUGGCGCUACUGUUUAUCACAAAUGUGCCCUUUAAUAUUGUCAUGGCUUUAGUUCUGUCAUUCUUAUUUGACAAGUCAGAAUCAUGUUCUUCUUAUCUGUCUAUCCUGCUUAAUUUGAUCUCACUGAUCCCGUACAUGAUUGUGUCUCUGAUAGAUAUGAUUUCCAACAGCAGUGCAGCAAUAUUUAUUCAUUACCUUGCCUGCAUCAUUGAUCCUCCCUACAUUGUCUUUGGGGGAUUUUAUUUCAUCAGCAGGGUAAACUUAAAGGCACUCACAGAGGGAAGGACAGUCAAGGAAAGUGAUUACUAUGAUUUUGGAAACCAUGUUAUCAUUUGUAUUAUUAUGCCCAUAAUCCACCUGUUUUGGAUGUACUGGCUGCUGCGGAUCCUUGAUGUGAAGAAGGCUGGUGGUCUUAUUUUGGAAGCAUUUCCUUGCUUUUCAGAGUCGACAGACACAUCAGAACGUGUCAACACCGACAUCAUUGAAAAUGAGGAUGAAGAUGUCAAAGCUGAGAGACACAGAAUUGAACAUCUACACCCUGAGGACCGUAGGAGUUUUAGUUCAGCACGAGGCUUGACUGACAUGAAUUCAAAGGCUCCAGUGGCUUAUAUGUCACAGCUGCGCAAGUUGUUUGUGAAGCGCACCAGGUCGGAGGGAAUGUGCAAACCCAGCAAAACUAAAGUCAAGAUUGCUGUGCGGAACUUGAGCAUUGGCGUUGAUGAGGGAGAGGUUUUAGGACUUUUAGGGCCAAACGGAGCUGGCAAGAGUACUGCCUUAAAUAUGAUGACUGCUGAAGUAUCACCCACAUGUGGGAAGGUUGUUGUAGCUGGUCACAACAUCCGCUCCAAUAUGUUGUCAGUGUUGGAGUCCCUGGGCUACUGUCCUCAGCAUGAUGCAUUGUGGGAGAUGAUCACCUUGGAGGAACACGUGAAGUGUUUCGCAGCAAUUAAAGGAGUUCAUUCAAAGGACCUAGAUAGAAUUGUUGAUUACUUUGUUGUACAGCUGAAGCUUGAAAAACAUCGCAAGAAAUAUGCCAAAAAAUUGUCUGGAGGAACCAAGCGGAAACUGAGCUAUAUCAUGAGUAUUCUGGGCUCCCCACACUUUGUUCUCCUGGAUGAGCCUUCAACUGGCAUGGACCCACAGUCCAAACGGUUUCUCUGGGACACUAUCAGCUCUAGUUUUAGAGGCACAGACAGAGGAGCCAUCUUGACCACCCAUUACAUGGAAGAAGCAGACGCUCUGUGUGACCGGGUUGGGAUUAUGAUCAAUGGUCAGCUAGAAUGUCUGGGCUCUACCCAACACUUGAAGGACAAAUAUGGCAGUGGUUACAUCUUGGAGGUGAAGCUGGGUGCCCAUGAGGAUGGACAGGUUGAAACUCUGAUGGAUCAGUUGGAGGCUCACCUGAAGACCUUAUUCCCAGGACUGGGCAAAGUUGAAAGAUUUCAAGAAAGGGCCCAGUACUCAAUUCCCAGAGAAGAUGUAAAUUUCCUAGGCAAAACAUUUGCCAGCUUGGAAGAUUGCAAAAGGACACACAAUCUAGAGGAAUACAGUUUCAGUCAAAGUUCAUUAGAACAGGUUUUCCUGCAUUUUGCCAAACGGCAGUUGGAAGAAGGGGAAGAUGAAGUGCCUGGAAGUUAUAAGCAACAUACAGGUCAUAUAAAUGAAGUUGGAUCAAUGGCUAUAUAA